AUGCUGACAAAGUAUGCCCCAAAGAGGUCAUCAUUUGAGUAAGUAUUAUUAUGUCAAGUAUAUUGUAGGGUAUGCAGUGAUGGAUACUUUCUGAAAACAUAUAAAGGAAAACUUUGAAGCAACUGUUUACUAUAGGUAGCUUCAAAAUAAUGGUGUACACUAUGCUGAUAUUCCCACGUCUGCUGUGUGAUAUUGUUUAUCAUCCAUACAUUAUGAGAUAUGCAACAGGAACAUACAUGUACAGCUACAAAAUGUAUCUAUUUUUUGGCAGCCACUUGCUUACACUGCAAAUCAGUUAUGUACAUUUUAGUGGCAAUAUUUCAGUCAAUGUCCACAAACUUUACAUCGUUAAUUGGGGUGCCAUUCUCUUUUUUUGCUUUUUUUGGGGAAAAAUUUACAAUUAUUGUUUUGAUUUUUACUUGUUUUAGGUAUCCAUUUUUCAUCAUGAGAAUAAUGUUAGCUGCUAUUGAUCACAACAUGCAUUUGUUUAGAGGGAGUAAAACAAAGGCAGAUGGAACCGAGUGUGGGCACCGAAAGUACAGCAAGAGAACUAAAAAAUAUCAUGCAGAACCUGUCAAACAGGAUAAAGAGUACAAUUACUUUCCCUUCUUGAUAGCAAGAAUGCUAAAAGAAAGAUCCCAGUUCGAGGGAAGCUUCACUCAGCGCACGGACGACAACGCCUUUAAUCCAAAGCAGAUAGCCCCCGACACUUGGCAUGAAAGAACCUCCCCCAACAGAAGUAUUAAUGAAGGGUCCGUCACGUUUUGA